AUGUUACUGAGCACCCGUGCCAGACAGGGUAAUGCAUUGUUAUUGGGCGUGUCGUACGGGGGGGGGGUGCGCACUCUUUCUGAUACUCGAGGCGUUGGAUGGAGCCUUAAGGUCUCUGCCCGUCUACACGUAGGUAUGAAUGUUUGUUCCGUGUCAUCUGUUUUUUUGCAAUCUCGAUCUUUUUAUAUCUUUUGUACUCUCUGCUGCUUCUGUUCCAGACACCAACCGCAAUCCAUUCUUCCCUCUUUCCUACUUACAACCCUUGUCACGGCACUAGCGCCUGUGCUGCACCGACGGGUUAAGCUACGAGUGCAUAUUUUCUGCGGCGUGAUGAGUAACCCUUUUGAGAAAGUUGCGAGGGGCAUCGCAUUUAAAAUGCGCUCGAAGGUGCACAAACAGGGUUAUAGUAACACUGUGAUGGCUCAGCAGGCACGGCGCUUGUCACCCACAGGGUUGCUAGCGAUGGAAAGACUUACUGAGUUAACUGCACUGCAGCAGAGGCAUCAAUGUACGUUUGAUCCCGCGUUGCGUAGUAAGGCCACACAGAUCCUUCGCACGCUUCCGCUUCUUUCUAUAGAUGAAGAUCCUUACUUUACACACACGCAGAGGGCGCUUCGCCUUGCUGCAUAUUUUGGCGCGGUUGACCUUCCUGUUACAUACGCGCUGAUAAACCAGCACACGAAGAAUGCGUUUAUGCUUGACGCGUUCUCCAUGGCAUCGUUCUUUUACACACUGGCGAAGUUGAAACACCCGCAGACAAAGGAAAUCGUCGGCAUUCUGCUCCCACGGUUGCGGGAGGUUGCGCCAGAGUUGAUAGCUCGUGAAGCGGUUCACAUCCUUCGCCUUUUGUGUAGCAUUCAGAUGGCUGACGCACAGCUGGUCAAAGUCGUCACAGAAACUGUAGUGGCUACUGCUGCCGAUGUGCCGCUGAGGGACGCUCGUCAAUGCGCCUUCAUAUUGUCGGAAACAUUCCCGGAGGAGGCACAGCGUAUUUUGGGUGCGGUGGAGCAUCGGUUGUGCGAUGAUAUCGAUAUGAAUGCGGACGCAAACGAAGUUAAGACAACUAUCUUGGAUGUAUGCCGUGUGGUUUCAGCCACCUGCAAGGGUCCUCGCCGGUUACUCAAUAGUGUGGCUCGUCGUUCCAUGGAGUUGCUCCCACAGCUCACCCCACUCGAUGUGGCUUUCGUUCUGAAAGCCUUCCAUUUGAGUUCCUACCGUCAUUUGAGGCUAUUGCGCGUGCUAUCCUCAUCAUUGGCCGCAAGUUUUCCAACAAGCAAUGUCACCAAGGAGCACGGCCUUGCUGCGUCCAUUGUCGUGCAGUCACUGGCUCAUUUCUAUUUAUCGGGCUGCGAAGAAGUUGUAGUGACACUAGUUAAUGCAUCCGUUAAUGUGCUAGAAGGUCUCAAUCUGGCUCUCACUCUACUUGCUUGCGUGCGGUUGCGAUGUGUCUCACCCGGUGUAGACCCCGCAGUGGAUGCACUAUGCAGCGGAGCCCCAAUGAGGCGCUAUGUUCAUAAUGCCCACAGCAUGCAAGUCACUAGCCGAAUUUUAUAUGGCCUGGCUCACGCGGGUCGCUGCAGAUCCGAUGAAGAAGUGGCGAUCGUGCUUCCGUUGCUGAAAUCUGUGGUGCGCACCCCUGGCGCCCUUCGAGACGAUUGCAGGGGGUUCCUGUUAGACGCCGUUACAGCCCUUGGCGCUGACGGUGAGUGUAGCAACGAUGCCCUGCAGGAGCAAGUGCGUAAGGUUUAUGAGCGGUUGUCGCAAGAUGGUGGUAAGUAG